GUUCGUCGAAGAAGUUGAAUCGAACGAAAGUCCGUUAUUUGCAUUUAGGUGUGAUAAUGCGUGAAGUCGUUGGUUCUUGGUGAUAGUGUGGACACGUGAAUAAUUUUCGAAUCCGAUGACCGUUAGGUUGUGAAAAUAAAUUACUUUCACCGCGGCAGUGACUUCCCAUAGUUUGCGAAACUAGACUCACUCAAAUCAUAUUCAAAAAACAUCUAUUUUGUGCUGGUGAAAUUCAAGUGUUGAGAAUGAACGAGAUGAAUUUUUCAAACUUUUUAGGGGCAUUGGUAUUGGUAAGUAUGGCUGGCGAGUCCUUGCAAGGACCCACACUUCAGCAGCAAAUUUCAAGGAAAACUGUAGAAUACGAAAAUGAUGUUACAUCUACUAAGAAAUUUUCGAAGUGGAGUAUGGAGAAUACGACCGUUACUUUUGGAAAUCUGAACGAUUCUUAUGAUUCCAUUCGUAGUACUCGAGUUGGUUCUGCCGCAUCACUACCAACUGCCAACCGACCAUCGAUACCCAUAAUGAUUCCGGUUGCUAGGAUUUAUGAGUCCUUCAGAGCCACCACGAUUUCGCCUCUAUUGCAUGAAGGAGUGGAUCUACCGUUGGAUGUCCUGAAAUCGAAUGCAUCCUACAUGGAAAAGAUUCGAGUGCGAAAACGAACUGCUCCGAAUGAUGUUUUGAGUAAGAAUAUUUCAAUCAUCCUUGAGAACCUGCUCAAAAGUUAUGAGCGAUCACAGCUGCCGACACACGGGAAAGGUGUGCCAACAAUUGUUAGGACGAAUAUGCUAAUUCGCAGUAUGGGGCCAGUAUCCGAGCUAGACAUGGACUACUCAAUGGAUUGCUACUUUCGUCAGUACUGGCGCGAUAAACGUCUAAGUUUUAAGGGUCCUAUAAAAAGUUUAUCGCUUAGUAUCAAGAUGCUGGAUAAGAUCUGGAGGCCAGACACUUACUUCUACAACGGUAAACAAUCGCAUAUUCACACAAUUACAGUCCCUAAUAAGCUGCUCCGGCUUAGCCAGGAUGGCGAUAUACUCUAUUCAAUGAGACUGACAAUCAAGGCUACGUGCCCCAUGGAAUUGCGAAACUUCCCAAUGGAUAGACAAUCGUGCCCACUUAUUCUAGGAAGUUACGCGUAUACAAGCAGACAACUGGUCUAUGAAUGGCACAGCAACGAUGCCGUCACAUUUGUCCCGGGGAUGACUUUGAAUCAAUUUGAUUUGAUUAGUAUGCCCCAUAGAAACUUUACAUUCACUCGCCGGGAAGGAGACUUUUCCGUCCUGCAUGUGUCCUUUAAUCUGAAACGACAUACGGGCUACUUUUUAAUUCAGGUGUAUGUUCCAUGCAUUCUAAUUGUGGUGCUUUCGUGGGUGUCGUUUUGGAUUCAUCGCGAGGCCACUAGUGACCGUGUUGGAUUGUGUAUUACGACGGUGCUAACACUCUCCACAAUCAGCCUCGAUUCAAGGACGGACUUGCCGAAAGUCAAGUAUGCAACGGCCUUGGAUUGGUUUUUGCUGAUGAGCUUCUUUUACACGAUUGCAACAUUGUUAGAGUUCGCUGGGGUGCAUUAUUUCACAAAGGUUGGAAGUGGCGAAUUUCCCAUUGAUGAUGAUGAAUGGGAAGACAUAGAUGAUAUCACUGAAGAAAUCGGUGGUUGUGGCGGAGGCUCAUCCUCGAGGCUCAGCAGUUCAAUUCGAGAUUCUCCGCAGAGGUCCACCAGCCUCAGAAGAAAGAAUUCACUUAUUUGUCCCAUAUAUAAUGACCCAACUCACAUUUUCAAGCCUCCAUCCUCGCACGCAUCUACGAUGGAGAGAACAACACAGACUGAACCACCUAUAACACCAAAGUGGAAACAAAUCUGGCUGUGCCUUCUGGGGGAUGAAAAGUUCCGAAAGCAACGCCAGCGUGAAGCCACGACCAAAAGAAGCCGUCAUAUCAACAGCGUUUCGCUGAUAGAUCAAGUCUCGCGGAUAGCGUUCCCUAUGUCCUUCGGGCUCUUCAAUCUGCUCUACUGGAUGGCCUACGCGAUGUACCAGCAAGAGUUUAGUUGGCCGUCCACGGCUACUAUGAAACAAUAGCAUAAGGACUGUUAAUUAUUAUUUCGUACUUCCGUUUCUACAUUUCAGCAGUUAACAUUGAAGGGACCUAGAGGAUAAACAUAAUCGUUGAAUUCCGUUGGCUUUGUAAAUUCUAGUGCAUUUGUUAAAUUUAUUGUUAUAUAAUAAU